UUGUCAACAAUAUACGUCUACCUCCGCAAUAAAUAAUUAAGCACUUGAAAAAUGUUUAUCUAGCAAAAUUAGUUGCUUAGUGUAAAGAUAACUUUAAAGUUACAAGUUUUCAUUAAAAAUGAUUUCAUCAACGCGGAAGCGUAUAUUCAUUAUUUUAUGUAUUAUAGCAGUGAUAUGUGUGUUGAUACGUUAUAUGCUUUUCCAUGAUGCACUACUUGCGCCACAGCCAAAUUAUCAAAGAGAACUUGGAGCACCUGUACUAGUAAUGGUAUAUUAUGAAGCGCUCUGUCCGGAUUCAAAACAUUUCAUAACAAAACAGUUGGUACCCACAUAUAAAGCCAUUGCUCCACUUAUGGAAAUACUAUUAGUGCCAUAUGGUAAAGCACAGACAUUUACAAAUGCAGAUGGCACUUAUCGUUUCGACUGCCAGCAUGGACCCGUUGAGUGUCAAGCAAAUACGUACCAUUCCUGCGCUAUCGAAGUAAUUGAAGACGCGCAGGCGCGUCUUGAUGUUGUUGCAUGCAUGAUACGUGACAAUCGUUUGCCAAAAGAAGCUUUGCACAGGUGUGCCAAGCAGCAUAAUAUAGACAACAUUGAUCUCAUUUUAAAAUGCUACGACAGUACCAAUGGCGGAGAACUGUUAAAAUUGAAUGGUGACGCUACACAUGCGUUACGCCCACCUGUUACAUUCAUUCCUACCAUAACGUUGGAUGGCUCAAUAGGUCGUCAAGCAUCUAUACUUAAGAAUUUGCAAGGUGAGGUCUGUAAAAUUGCUGCCGAUACAGACCAAGGUAAAGAAUUGUGUAACAAUGUCUGAGCUUAGGUAUUCAUUUUUAAAGUCAAAAAUAACACAAAAAUGCAAAGAGCAAAAAAGAUUGAUUGCUAUUUUUAUUAAGUCAAAUUAUACAGCCAAUAUGCACCUUCUAUAUGAAAGGUGCUGUGGUAAUUAUAGUAACAAAUCCAAGAAUGAUGAAUGAUGCAAACUGUUCCAUUUUAAACUAUAAUUGUUUUAUUUAUCAGUUGCAGUAUUUGUUAACAUAAAAUAAUUAAAACUAAUUGUGAACAGUGCAAGUUCUUAAAAGAUAAUUCCUCAUAUUUCAUGAAAGUUUUCUUUUAAGGUGAAAGUAAAUCAAAUUUAAUAUUUAAUAUUUUUUCAUACUGCAAACUAUUUUUAUUGUCUGUAUAUUAAUAUAAUUGACACACAUCUAUCUGAACAGUUUAUUAAUAAAUUUGAUUUAUUUGUCCUAUUUAUGAAAAUUUUUUAAAUCGUAAAGACAUUAGCUAUGUAUUAUCAUCACGACACUUGAUACAAACGCACUAAUCAUGUAUUUAUAUAAAUAUUCUUUAUGAUAUUGAAACUUUGUAUAGUUUAGUCACUAUUUGUACUAUAAUUUUUUGUUAUAACGUUUUGUAAAAUGUUUAAAGCAUAAAUUGUCUAAGCAUUUAUUUAAAUAUUUAAAUUAAAUUUUUUAUAUAUAUUAUUAAUGAUGUAAUUAUAACUGUUAACUUCCUACGACUUGUGCGUACAAAGAUGAAAACUAAAUAUAUACAAAAGAUAAAUGUAUUUUUCUUGUUUUAAAUAAAAUUUAA